AUGGAGCCUCCCCCCUCUCUGAGCCUGGCUCUUCUUGGAGGCAGCGAGGAUGAAGACCAGCGUUUUCUCCUCCCCCUGGCGGGCAUUUCCCACCCCACGGCCUCUGGAGUCCAGGGUACUGGGUCGAAUCACUCCAACCACACGACGGCAUCCAGUCUCAGCCGCCUCAACGGCAGCAACCCAUCACCAUCGCCAGUCGCCACUCCCUCAUCCCUGCCAAAGUUGUCGUCGACCGGGCCGCCGCCCAUCCCCAAUGCCCUUCACCCUACCAGCACGCCGCUCUCCUCCUGCUUGGGGUCACAGCACAGCCUAGGCGGGGACAACUCUCCCAUCUACAAUGCCCUUUUUUACUCUUCCCACUCGCCCUCCAUGGAUCGCGAGAGGGAGCGGGACCGUGGGUGCAAGCACAGACAGGCCAGCCCGCUGGUCCACCGCAGGGACAGCAAUCCAUUCACCGAGAUCGCCAUGAGCUCCUGCAAGUACACAGGUGGCGUCAUGAAGCCCCUGAGCCGCCUAAGCGCCUCCCGGAGGAACCUCAUUGAAUCGGACAGCAGCAGUGAAACCAAAGAGGGCGGCGUUUCUGCUGUUGCUGGAGCCACGGCGACAGGGGGUCACGACCGCCAGCGUGAAGCUGCUACCUCCUUGGUCACCCAGUCCUCCACGAAUCAGCAGCCCCUCCAGAGCCCACCAGAGAUUGUAAUUUCAUCAAAAGAAGACUCGCCGUACCCUAGGGUAGGAUAUGACAUCAGCGACGCCACCUCUGACCAGAUGUCCAUCUACCACCAGAACCAUGCACUCGUGGAGAGUCGACGGGCACAUCCGGGGAGGGGCGCUAGCGGUUCCGGGGCAGUGGGACCUGGGGCCAGGGCCGGCACCACCAAGGCCUCUAAACGAAAGAACCAAAACAUUGGCUACAAACUGGGCCAUCGCAGGGCGCUGUUCGAAAAGAGGAAGAGGUUGAGCGACUAUGCCCUAAUCUUCGGGAUGUUCGGAAUUGUUGUCAUGGUUAUCGAGACAGAACUGUCCUGGGGUGUCUACACUAAGAGCUCCAUGUAUUCUCUGGCCCUGAAGUGUCUGAUCAGCCUGUCUACAGUCAUCCUGCUGGGCCUCAUCAUCGCCUAUCAUGCAAGGGAGGUUCAGCUGUUUGUCAUCGACAACGGGGCGGACGACUGGCGUAUCGCCAUGACGAUGGAGAGGGUUCUGCUGAUCGCUCUGGAGCUGCUGGUGUCGGCUGUGCACCCGGUGCCCGGCGACUUCAAGUUCCAGUGGCGGGCGCGAUUGGCCUUCUCGUACGCGCCGUCGCAGGCCGAGGCUGACCUGGACAUGGUGUUAAGCGUACCCAUGUUCCUGCGCCUCUACCUCAUCGCCAGAGUCAUGCUCCUGCACAGCAAACUCUUCACUGACGCCUCCUCGAGGAGUAUAGGUGCACUGAAUAAGGUGCAUUUUAACACACGGUUUGUCAUGAAAACACUAAUGACGAUCUGCCCCGGGACGGUGCUGCUGGUCUUCAGCAUCUCUCUGUGGAUCAUUGCUGCCUGGACUGUACGAGUUUGUGAGAGGUAUCACGAUGCACAGGAUGUGACCAGCAACUUCCUGGGAGCUAUGUGGCUGAUCUCCAUCACUUUCCUGUCCAUUGGCUACGGAGACAUGGUCCCUCAUACCUACUGUGGCAAAGGAGUGUGUCUGCUCACUGGAAUCAUGGGUGCUGGUUGCACGGCUCUGGUGGUUGCCGUGGUAGCAAGAAAGCUGGAGCUGACCAAGGCCGAAAAGCACGUACACAACUUCAUGAUGGACACGCAGCUCACAAAGCGGAUAAAAAACGCGGCGGCCAACGUGUUGAGGGAGACCUGGCUCAUCUACAAGCACACCAAGCUGAUGAAGAAGAUCGACCACUCCAGAGUCCGCAAACAUCAGCGGAAGUUCCUGCAGGCAAUUCACCAAUUACGCAGCGUGAAAAUGGAGCAGCGCAAACUCAGCGAUCAGGCCAACACGCUGGUGGACCUGUCGAAAAUGCAGAGUGUCAUGUACGAGCUCAUGUCGGAGCUCAACGACCGAAGCGAGGAUCUGGAGCGCCAGAUGUUGUCCCUGGAGCAGCGGGUGGAGCAGCUCACAGCCGGCUUCAAUGCUCUACCGGCGCACCUCUCGGCUACACUCAGCGCCCAGCACGCCGCCCUGGUCCAGCUCCUCAAGGAAAGAGACUCCAGGGACAUCAAAGAUGAAGGAGGAGGAGCUGUGGUCCCGCUUUCCCCCGCGGCCUCCACUCCAGCCACGACCACACCAGUAUCAACUCCAACAGCUCCUCCUCCUGUCCCGCCGGCCCCUCUCGUGGCGCCUUUGCCCAGCACGGAGGGGAGUUCAGAAGCGAGUCCGAACAGCAACACCUCCACCUGCUGA